UUGAUAUGUUCAUUAUCACGUGUAAUAAUGUUUCGUGUUGUAAGGUUGAAUCUCUUUAUUUUGAAAGGUUAUUUGAAUGUUCAUUUGGAGACAAAUAUGUUUCAAACUCUUCAUAAGUUAAGUCUGACAAAAAUAUCUACUGUUUGUAAUUUCCAUUCCACACAGGUGCAAUGUGUCAAAGAAAAAACUUUUUCUCAAAAAUUAGAAGAUGGACCUGAUUUACAACAUUUUAUUGCUGACACCUACAAAGACUAUGAUGGAAAAUUGAAAUUAGAAAAGGGGGAUAAAUCUCGUUUGAGAUUACCACCUUGGCUCAAAACAGAAAUUCCAGUGGGUAAAAAUUACAAUAGAAUAAAGUCACAAUUAAGACAAUUACAAUUAAGUACUGUAUGCGAAGAAGCACGAUGUCCUAAUAUUGGAGAAUGUUGGGGCGGUGGUACGCAUGGAACAGCAACAGCCACUAUUAUGUUAAUGGGCGAUACAUGUACCCGUGGUUGUCGCUUUUGUUCUGUAAAAACAUCAAGAACACCAUUACCACUAAAUCCAGAAGAACCACUAAACACAGCAACUGCAAUAGCAGAAUGGGGUUUAGAUUAUAUUGUACUUACAUCAGUAGAUAGAGAUGAUUUAAGUGAUGGUGGAGCUAGUCAUAUUGCGGAAACUGUGAAAGAAAUUAAAAAAAGAACUAAUAUUUUAGUGGAGUGUUUAGUACCAGAUUUUAGAGGAAAUGAAAAUUGUGUAGCAACAAUUGUUAAUUCUAAUCUUGAUGUGUUUGCUCAUAAUAUUGAAACUGUUGAACGUCUAACUCCAUUUGUUAGAGACAGACGAGCUCAAUACAGACAAUCACUAAAGGUCUUGAAAACGGCAAAAGAAUACAAACCAGAAUUAAUUACGAAAUCAUCAAUAAUGUUAGGAUUAGGUGAAACUGAUGAAGAAAUUGAACAAACAAUGAAAGACUUGAGAGAAGUAAACGUAGAUGCUUUGACACUGGGGCAAUAUAUGCAACCUACAAAGAGACAUUUAAGAGUUAUUGAAUAUGUUACACCUGAAAAAUUUAAAAAAUGGGAAAAUAUUGGAAAUGAACUAGGAUUUUUAUAUACUGCAAGCGGUCCAUUAGUGCGUUCAUCAUACAAGGCUGGAGAAUUUUUUUUAACAAAUAUAUUAAAAAAACGUAGAAACAAACAGUCUGAAAACCAAUAAACAUAUAUACUUUAAUCUUAAUUGAGAAUAUUUGUAUAUUUAUGUAUAGUAAUAUAAGUUAUUGUAAAUUUGUGCACAAAAAAUUAUUGUUAAAUUAUAGAAAUAAUUAUCAUCACAUUGUAAAAAAUGUGUUAUAUGUGCUGAAUUUUAACAAAAUUUUAUGACUUAUGAUACUCUAUUAUUAUAUUGAACAUGAUAAGGAAAAAUACAAUUUUUUUAAGUGUAAAAUGCAAGUUCAUUUUAAAUGUAAUAAUACAUAAAAUAUAUGAAAUAUAUUA